AUGCUAUUUCGCACUUACCGGUACUCCAAGUGGGACGGAACCCAAAACAUCUUCGAUAUCGAUGCCGACGAGCUGAUGGACAUGCUGUCUGAGGAUGUCCUGAACAACGGCGACAUCAUGCAGGCGCUGCGGGACCUGCUCCGGCAGGGGAUGCAGAACCGGGAUGGCGAGCAGAUGCCGGGGAUGCGGCAGCUUAUGGAGCAGCUGAAGGAACGGCGCCGUCAGCAGAUGCAGCAGCACAACAUGGACUCGGUGGUGGACGACCUGAAGGAGCGGCUGCAGGAAAUUAUCGACACCGAGCGUCGCGGCAUCCAGAACCGGCUGGACGAGGCGCGUCAGCAAGUGGACGGGGCACCGGAGGACGAGCAGGAGCAGCAGGAGGCGCUGUUCAACCUGCUGGAGCAGCGGGCCAACCGAAACCUGGACAAGCUGGACAACCUGCCGGAGGGCGUGGGGAGUCAACUCAAGGAGCUCAUGGAGUACGACUUCAUGGAUCCUGAGGCGCAGCAGAAGUUCCAGGAACUGCUGGAUAUGCUGAAGAGCCAGAUGGCGCAGAACAUGGGCCAGCAAAUGCAGCAGCAGAUCCAGAACAUGUCUCCCGAGGACAUGGAAGCCACACGGGAGAUGAUGCGGGACAUCAACCAGAUGAUGCGGGACCGGCUGGAGGGCCGCGAGCCGGACUUCGACGGAUUCAUGGACAAAUGGGGCCAGAUAUGCAGUCGAUGCUGGAGAGCAUGUCUCCCCGAGGCGCGGCAGGAGAUGGAGGACGCGCUGGCGCAGGCCCUGGACCCGGAGACGCAACGGGAGAUGGCGCAGUUUGCGGCGCUGAUGGAACAGCUGAUGCCCAUGGACGACCUGCGACGCCAGUACCCGUUCCUGGGGGACGACAGCCUGUCCAUGGAGCAGGCGAUGCAGAUGAUGCGCGACCUGCAGCAGCUGGACCAGCUGGAGGCGGCGCUCCAGGAGGCCAUCCGCACGGGCGACCUCACGGACAUCGACCCGGAGAAGCUGGCGGAACUGCUGGGCGACGACGCCCGGCGGGUUUGGGACGAACUGGAGAACCUGCGCAAGCUGCUGGAGGAUGCGGGGUACAUCACCGGAGGGGAGAAGACCGAGCUGACGGCGCGGGGCAUGCGUCGCAUCGGGCAGAAGGCUCUGAAGGAGGUCUUCGCGCACCUCAAAAAGGACCGGAUCGGCGGGCACCUGAUGGACACGCGGGGCGCCAACGGAGACCUGCUGGGGGAGACCAAGACCUACGAGUUCGGCGACCCGUUCCUGGUCGACCUGCAGACGACGGUGAAGAACGCGGUGUUGCGGGGCGGGCCGCAGGUGCCGGUGAAGCUGGGUCCGCAGGACUUCGAGAUACAUCGCACGGAGCACAUGACCAAGGCGGCCACAGUCGUGCUGCUGGACCAGAGCCGCUCCAUGGGGCUGUUCAACAACUGGCAGGCGGCCAAGAAAGUGACGGUCGCCCUGAUGGCGCUAAUCCGCUCGCAGUAUCCCCGGGACGCGCUGUACAUCGUGGGGUUCUCGGACUACGCGCGGGAAAUCAAGGAGGAGGACCUGGCGAGCUGCAGCUGGAACGCCUGGGUUUCAGGGACCAACCUGCAUCACGCUCUGUUGCUUUCCCGCAAGUUGCUGUCGAGGGAGAAGGGCGGCACUCGGCAGAUUCUGGAAGAUAUCCUGAUCAACACCUUCAUGUUGGAAAACAACUACCAGCUCGUGAACUUCGUUGACCGGAUGACCCGGAUCAACAAGGGGAGGGCGUUUUAUACCAGCGCGUCCAACCUGAGCGAGUUCGUGUUGGUGGACUAUCUGAACAACCGGCGCAAGCGGGUAACUUCCUGA